GCUGCAGUGCACCUUCGCUCUUGAUAUUGUCUCUGUCUAUUAGUACAUCCUCUUUUGCACAUCAUCUGACAGCACCAUGAGUAAACAGAAGGCAGAUACAAAGGUGGUUAUCACGUCUCAUGUUGAUAAAAAGGACAACAGACAAGAGAUAAAAGAAAAUAAACCAAAGUUGAGGACCCCACUUCGUACUUCGUCUUCUAACUCUUUACUCGAAUCGGACAGUUCCCAUUUCUUGAAGACCCCAAUAAAUUUGUGCAGCACAGCUCCUGCAGGAACCCCUCGGACACCAGCUACAACUACACCAUCGAUGCUCAGAGGAAGUAAAGCACACUUAUCUAGUACUGCCCUCACCACUCCACGCACACCUUCAACAACCAUAUUACUUGCAUCAGAUUCUCGAGGGACCACACCCUCUCAUGCUGUACCGUCUCUAAUGCCAUGUUUUGUAAGAGGUGCAAGUAUGAGGGUCAACCACACUCCUCUGCAGUCAUCCAUUACCAAGAACACACUAACUAAUGCACCAAGUGCAUCAUUGCGCAAGCGACUCAGGCAAGAGGAUGACAUUCGGAGGAUGGAGUCAAGUCCAGCUUGCACAGGUGUGAGAUCCUCCAAAAAUACGAAGGAUAUGGAAAGCGUCAAGAAGGAAGAUGAUGGAAAGAAGAAAGAUAACUUGAAUAGAGUAUUAUCUUCCUCAACACUCAAUGUUCCAACGUCAUUGAGAAGAGCCAGGGCAUCGUGUAGCAGACUGUCAAGUGAAUCCAGGACACCAACACUAACUAAACCUGUAGGCAGAUCAUCUAAACUUUCUGUUGGCUCCAGUACACCCACUCCGGGCAGCUCAAGAAGAUCCAGCUCAAGUCAUGCUAGACUCUCCAACCACAGCCAGACUCCCUCUGUUGGCUUAAUUCAUCUGACACCAGACAUUGUGAGCAGUUUCCCAGGAAAGAUCUCCACAAGCCCCAGUCCAGGUGUUGAAUACAUAUAUGGUGUUGCAGAGUCUACAACUGUGUUUGUUGGAGUCAGAGUUCGACCAAUCAGCACAAGGGAAAUGUUACCACCAGAUGUGAAAAAAAUCAUUGAUGUUGCAGGCAAUACUAUAUCAAUUACAAGUGAUAGUGGCACCGUUCACUCCUUCAGCUACGACCACUGUUUUAACUCCAGUGAUCCAUUGGAUCCUCUGUAUGCUUCACAAGAAGCCAUAUAUGUUACUGUAGCACAACCUCUCUUGGAGAAGGCAUAUGAAGGUUACAACACUUGCCUUUUUGCAUAUGGCCAAACUGGCUCUGGGAAGAGUUAUGCGAUGUUGGGAGAUGAUUUAUACAGUGAAUCUGAAUUAGAAGUUCCUUCAGCUGCUGGCAUUAUCCCUCGCUUCUGUCGGGAUCUUCUGAACCGAGCUGAUUAUUUGCAUUCUUUUAACCCACCCGAAGGCCAGCUACCACAGUCUCGCAUUGAAGUGGAGCUCAGUUACAUCAAGAUAUACAAUGAGCGUAUAUAUGAUUUAUUAGCAAGUGGAGAACGUGGAACAGAUUGCCGCGAGGCUCUAAGAGUUCGGGAACACCCUAAAGAUGGUCCCUAUGUGGAAGGGGUUGCUCGUCAUUUGGUGUCAUCUUACGACCAUCUUCAGACAUGGUUGUUGUUGGGAAAUAAGGAGCGUUCCAUUGCUGCAACUGGUGUCAAUGAGAAAUCAUCUCGUUCUCAUGCUGUCUUCACUAUCAAACUAACCCACAUACAGGUAGAAGAUGUUCAGGGUGAGCAGCUGGAGAGCAGUAAGGUGAGCAUCAUCAAUCUGGUGGAUCUGGCUGUUAGUGAGCGUGUUGCAGCAGCACAGUCACAAGGAGACAGACUCAAGGAGGGAGUAUGCAUAAAUAAAUCCCUUUUAACCCUUGGGAAAGUUAUCACUGCUCUUGCAGAGAGUGAAGGACGACGAAGACCAUUCAUUCCAUACAGGGAGUCAGUACUGACUUACCUGUUAAAGGAAUCUCUUGGGGGCAACUCUAGGACUGCAAUGAUUGCUACAGUUUCCCCUUGUAAUAUCUACCUGGAAGAAACUUUGUCUACACUCCGAUAUGCUCAACAAACUCGUAAAAUAGUUAACCAUAACUACAUCAAUGAAGAUCCUACAGCUGUGAUUAUUAGAUCUUUAAAAGAGGAAGUUGAACGUCUUCGCCUGCAGCACUUAAGCAGAAACUCUUGUCAACUCUUUUAUGGGGAAACUUUGGCAGAUGAAGAGCAACUUGAUCGAGAUGGAGUAACUGAUAAAGAAAAAGAUCUCCUGGAAAGGGAGAAUGCCAUCAACCAAAAGGAAAUAGAAAAUAACAUGGCAAUCCAAUACAAAGGAAUAGAAGCAUUAAGGGAACAGCUACGAUUCCAACAGUUGCAGUGCGAACAGCUUCUCACUGAGAAUAAUAGAAGUCUGGAGCAGCAGCUUGAAGAAGCAGAGGCUCAGCGACAGCAAGCUUUGGAAAGUCUGUGUCGACUUGGAAUUGCAACUGAGAAGGAGACAGAGCCAGUGCUGAUCAACCCAAGUGUGGAUCCACAACUUUCAGAGACCCUCUCAUAUAAGCUUAAAAAUGGAAUCACUUCUCUUGGUCGCUCCAACAGUGAUCUCACCCUCCGUGGACUCCACACAGAUAAUGUUCUUUGUUCCAUAAAGAAUGAAAAUGGUGAUCUGCAACUACUUCCAGAGCAGUCAGAUACAUAUGUCAAUGGCAAAUUAAUAUCCUCUCCUCACACGCUGCAUCACAACGAUCGACUGGUGCUUGCUGGCAUUUACUACUUCCGAUUCGGCAGUAUAGUUAAAGGCAGAGAUUCUAACCGGGAGACUUCAAAGAAGAUGGAUUUUUACUUUACAAAAGAGGAGCUUUUAAAGGAGCAAGAACGAAGGUUGCAAAAGGAAGCGGAGAUUGCUAUUGCUGCCAGUAAAGCUGUGGAGCAAGAAACGUGUGGCCAGAGAGAUCAGCUGAUGCGUGAUACUAAAGAAGCUCAGAGUCAGCUUAUCAGCAAACAACAGUUGGUGUGCGAGUUGGAAGGAACAAAACUAGAGACUGAAAAGCAGCUACUGGAGGAGCAGAUCUUAAGAGGCAGAAAAAAUAAUAAGAGUCUCGACAUGUCUCUUCCAUCAACAGGAUUUCCAAACUCUCAGUUAUUGAAAGAGGUGCAAGCAGUGUUCAAUGAGUCUGUUCAAGAAAUAAGAAAGGACUUUACCCAACUCUAUCCUCCCAUGCUCAGAUUUCAGAUAAAAGAAGCCAAUGAAAUUUGCAAGAAGCUGAAGAACCCAUAUGAAUUCACACUACAAGAAGUUUUGACAGAGUCCGGCCUUGAGGUAAUAGUAUUGAUUAAGGACCUGCAGCACCUGAUGACAGCCACACUCACCCUAGAUGCCUUCCAGGAAAAGCUACAGAUUUUGCGUGAUAUUGUCCAGAAUGAAGAAUAUGAUGAAGCAUUUGAGGCCAGCCUACAUUGGGAGCACACUGAGGAUGUGAGCUGUGUUCCUGGGUUUAUCAACAAGUUACUAGAUUGCCCAUCUCUCCAUACACUGAAUUCCUCCCUGAAUUGUUCAAUGAGUUCAACCUCAUUAUUCCUCUCUCCUUCAAACUCUACCAGGAGGAAGAGUAGCAUGUUGUAUGUAGGAGAACGUUGCACAAGUAACAGUGAAAGCAGUUCGUGUCAUGGUUCUGUAACAGUAGCGGCAGCAAUCCUCUGGCCCCUUACAAAUUUGCCCCAGUCUUAUACUUCAUGUUCCCCACUUACUACUGCUUUAAAUGCUGUUGCUGACUUGCAUGAGGCUACACAGCACAUCAGAGAUCACAUAACAGAGCCAGGCCACACACUAUCAGAUGACAAUCUUAGCAAGCAGUUCAUUCGCUUGUAUCAUUCAAGCCAAACAACAAUUAACAGUUUGUUAGCUGUAGCUAAUACUGAAAAUUUAACAAAGUGUGUGGAAGGUGGGCAGUUGCAAGAGAAGCUGCGACGGGCUUCAGCCAAGAUCACCAAUGUUACUUGCAGACUCUUCCAGGGUGCAAAGAAUGAAGUAGACAGUCUGAUGGAAGAAGAAAGUAGCACCUUGAUAUCACUUGCACAGACACUUGUGGAUGAUAUUGCAAAGUUGGCACUCUUCGCUACCACUCGUGUACCAACGAACACUAAUUCAAACCAGGAGGUGUUGUCCAAGAAAUUCACAGAUGGGUUAAAAAGUGGACUUGAUUUGUUGGUUAUAAUUUCUGGUAAAAUAGCCAGUAAUUCCACGGUACUCCUGGCUGCCAACCAGGAAGAACAAGACAGUUCUCAAGGCUCACAGAAUCUUUCAGCAGCUGCUCACUCGGCCACAUUUGCCAUUCCUGCCUUUCUGAAGAAGUUUUCACAACUCAAUGCUACCUUGCAGUAUGAUGAAAACCUGCAGGACGACGAAAAGAUGAGCAAAAUUGUGUCCUGGGUAAAUCGUGUAGAAUCUGCAUCAGACACAAUCACCCAGCUCACAGCAGCGAUCUUAGUCAUUGUGAAUCAAGUUACAUUAUCACAACAAGGUAAAUUUAAUGUGAAUGAGUUUCAGUGUACUAUUAAAGAACUGAAGAGAAGACUGAAGGAGUUAAUGAAGUUUGCUGGUCUUAGUCUAAUGCCAAUUGAGGGGUUAGAUAACAUCUCUCUCUCCUCUACCUCUGAUCGGGAAAACAGCAGAGAGUUUAAAGGAUAA